ACUAAACUUUCUAAAAGACUAUAAAUUCAAGGCCUCACCUCCAAAACUCAAUACUCAACAUUCCUCUCUAAACACACAUAAAGAAGAAGUUAAAAACAAGAAAGAGACGUCAAUAACAUGGCUUCAAAGAACGCUAUAGCUCUUUUCCUCACCAUCAACCUCGUCUUAUUUGGCUUCACCGUGGCCCAAACUCCGACGUGUCCCAGGGACAUCGAAGCUUGUAGCGACAUAUUUGGCAUCGGCUCAAUUAUCAACUCUCAAACAGUGAGGCCAUGCUGCGAUCUCGUGACUGGGCUUGACGCCACUGUGGCAUCUGUAUGCAUCUGCGAUGCCAUUAAACUCGUAGGCCUCAGUUAUUCGUUUACUGUGGGACUAGCUAAAGUUCUUUCCCUUUGCCAGGCCGACUAUCCACCACGUGGUUUCAGAUGCGAUCCAUUCUCUUUAUGACGAAAUUAGUAGACCAGUUCCGUUGUUUCUCUGAUAAGUAUACGCGUGUUUAGCAUCAUCUAUGUUGUUGUUGAAAUAAAGUGAAAACAUUACUACUUCGUUAAGUUUAAUUUCCAUAUAUGUUGUAUCUCUUGUUCAUCUAAUUAAAAAUAAAUAAAAACUCUUUAAUUACCUA